CGCCCGUACGUGUUGCGCGCGACGUGUGUCCCGUGCCCAUGCCGUGCCCAUCCCGCCGCACCCUUAUCCCUUCACCCAGGUGCCUCACUCCCUCCUCUCCUUCCCAGACCACGCCGGCCUCUCUUGCUCGCGCCCGAGCUCCACCAUCGGCUGCCAUGGCCACCGAGAUCCACUUGGCAGUGAAAUCCCACUUCCGGUCAUCAUCUUCGACAACCAAAGGCUAGAAUCGACUUUCCUCGACUCGCUGAAGCUCAUGCUCUCCUCGUUCCAGCGCGUUCCGCAAGUUUCCGCGCUCGUUCCUGAGCCAUGCCGCCGCCGGCAUGCUGCUGCUCGCCGCGAGCCGCGUGCACGCGCCCUUGUGCUGUGCCGCCGAGCGCCCUCACUCCGCCCGGCCUUGCUGAAUCCUUCCAUGGCCGCACCAUCGUCCUCCCUCGCUGGAGCGCCGCCGCACGCCGCCAUCACCGCCGCCGAGGUGCUGCUACCGCCGCCGGCGCCUCUCCGAUCGCCCCCAACCCCAACCAAGCCCACCUACAGGUACGCUAGAUGUACAACGCAUGGAGGUGAAGCACAUGAUUUUGGAGCCGAGUCAGAAGACGGUGAAUGGUGGACACAUCUAGAAGAUGGAUGAAUGGAUCCCGAUGUGCAUGACCCAAAGGAAGGUAUAGAAGCUAACCAGGAUUCGCAUCAGUGGACUCGAUGUGACGUGCUCACGUGUUAAUAGUUAUUGUUUUGUUUUAUUGGUUCUCCAUAAAAUUUCCUUUUCUCAGGUCAUAUUCUCUUCCGCUGCUGUCAUUUAUUUUAUGUAAAUUCUAAAUUUAGAAUUGUUUUUGUAAAUUUUUAUGUUAUCUAUUUUUGUGAAAUUAUAUCAUGCCGGUACCGUCUGCGCCCGCCGUUAUGCGAGACUUCUGGUGUGUUUCGGUCGGCGUGUGGGUUGGAAACAGGCUGUCAGGUUAUACUUAAUUAAGCUAAUGCGCCUGAUGUGUUCAAAUGAUGACCAUUACGUUUAAUUAAGCCGUUUAACUUUGCGGUUCUGUCACAACAUCUCCACCUACAAAAGCUAACUUGCUUGGUGCGCUAGAUCUCAGGUAGCUAAGCUAGCCAUGAACACGGCCGGCACCAUCGUCCCCAUGGCGAGAUUCCCCAGCCGCAGGAUUAACACCACUGCUGCCGUUGGCCGGAGGAGCUGGUGCAAGGGGAUGGCGGCGGCGGCGGCGGCGGCGGCGGCGGCAGGGACGACGGCGUCGGCGAGGUCAAGUCUCUGCUCGGAGACCAGAAUGAGCGACUACUACAAGUUGCUGUCGCUGGAGCACCGGGCGGACGUAGGCCCGGCGGACAUCAAGCGCGCAUACCGGCGGCUGGCGCUGCGGUGCCACCCCGACGUGUACCCGCCGUCGCGGCGCGCCGAGUCCACGGAGCUCUUCCUCGAGCUGCGGCGCGCGUACGAGACGUUCUCCGACCCGGCGCGGAAGGCCCGGUACGACGCCGGCAUGAGGGCUGGCGGCGGGGGCGCGUUGAGGCGCGGCGCUGGUGUCGCGAGGGACGUUUGGGAGUCCCAGCUCUGCGUGCUGCGCGCGCGCUCCGAUUAACGCCACGGAGCGAGGAGUGGCCAGCGGCUGGUCUGAUGGGCGGCACGCAUGACAACGUGCGAGAACUCUCGCGAGAGAUACACAUCGAGGUGUCCUGCUUCGUAGAUCCGCGUUCUAACUCAUUCUUUCGUUCUGGGCUGUGCAAUUGAAUUUUGUAAAGUGACAAGUCGUAAUAAAUAAAAGAGUAAAGUCCAUUUUUGGCCAUCCAA